UUCCCACUUUAUAAGUGGUAAAGCUACCACAUGGAGAAGGGGAGGACCUAUUUGAUACACAGCAUGUUAGCAGCAGAGCUGAAAAGUUUCUUCCUUUGGAUUUUCGGAGCGGAACCCAGGACACCAGGGUCUCCCCAGUUCUGAUGUUGACUUCUUUUGUGGUGUUUCCCUACUUCUCACCCAGCUGGGAUGCAAGCCAGGGGGAACAGCACAGGCUUUUGAAUGACUCUCUGCAUUGCAUCGGGGCGUCCUGGUGAGCAGGGUGACAUCAACACCAAGUGUCACCAUUGCAAUUCUGCUGUUGUGGCCACCACAGAACAAGAUAAUGCAACUGGAAUGCAAGAUGUAUUCAAGAGACUAUGGCUCAAAAGAGUCAGGGCAAGGACUAGAGACUGAGUCUUCUGUCUCCCUGGUCCAUAAUCUGCAGGAGCUGCGGCGAAGUGCCUCAUUGGCCACCAAGGUCUUUAUCCAGAGAGACUACAGUGAUGGGACCAUCUGUCAGUUCCAGACUAAAUUCCCCCCGGAGCUGGACAGCCGGAUUGAGCGGCAGCUCUUUGAGGAGACCGUGAAGACCCUCAACAGCUUCUACGCGGAGGCGGAGAAGAUCGGGGGCAGCUCCUACCUUGAGGGCUGCCUGGCCUGUGCCACGGCCUACUUCAUCUUCCUCUGCAUGGAGACCCACUACGAGAAGGUUCUCAAGAAGAUCUCCCGCUACAUCCAGGAGCAGAACGAGAAGAUCUUUGCCCCUCGAGGCCUCCUGCUCACUGACCCCGUGGAGCGCGGGAUGCGGGUCGUAUCCUUCCUGGCUGUUCUGUGCAAGGGCCCAGAGCUGCCAACUGGUGGGUUCCUUGGUGAAGACACCCAGAAAUAGGGACCACCCUAGGGGCUUCUGCUCAGGGAUUUUCCCAGGAUUCCCCACAUCACUGGUCGUCAGCUCUCCUCCCCCACUAUAAGUUAUCAAUGCCUUUUGUGAAUUUCAGGGUUUGCUUCUACUGGGCUGCAUUUCUUCAGCGCUUAAUACAUGCCAGGUAUCAUAUUAA